GCGAAGUGCACCCUCUCCUUCUCUCUCUCUCUCUCUCUCUCUCUCUCUCUCUCUCUCUCUCUCUCUCUCUCUCUCUCUCUCUCUCUCUGCCCCCCCUCCCCCCCCCUCCCCCACUCCCCUCCCUCCCUCCCUCUCUCCCUCCCUUUCUCCCUUCUCUCCUUCCGUCCGUUCGCUUAGGGCUGCAACUCCAUUUUUUGCAGGGGUGCUUUGUUGCAAGUGCGAUGAGACAGGAUUUUGCACGGCCGCUAUCGGAAGGAGUAGGUGGGGAUCAUGCCGUGAAUGCGGAGAGGCAGGGGGAGAAGGAGCACUACAGGAUUUUGUCCGCAAUUGGCAGGCUCUUGGAGGCUAGGCUGAGACGAACGCAGAGGGACAGACACAGUAUUUUGGCUGCAGUUGGUUGGCUUGUGGAGGUUAAGAGUAAGAUUGAGCGGAGGGGGACCGAGAGGAAAGCGACAAUGGCAGAUCAGCAAUUGGCUUCUCCGCCUGCAGUCGUGUGCGCAACCAUACAGCUACCUGGCGAGGACACCUGGCACGCUGACAUAUCCCUGGAAGAAGAUGGGAAAGUGUCGACGUGUCUUGCAAUGAUGAAAGAGACAUGCAUGGCGAGAUUGGCUGAUCACCUGGCAAAACAUGCGAUCAAAAUUCAGCCGUCAGAUGAUGGAUGGGAUAAUGCAGAUGAAGUGGAUGAGGAGGUUGACGAUGACCUAGUUGCAAUUUUGGGUUCGGAUAAGAAGAAGUUGAAGAGGCGGUAAUGGGACGGCUGAGAGUUUUAGCCCUUAGGUUCUAGAUCUCCAUAUGUAAAAUGACAAUUAACCUUGCAGUCCUUAACCAGCCCCUUCAGUUGUUUCUUUGCCGCGCUUGAUCUUCCCCCCCCCCCCCUGUAGAGCAUGUCCUCAAUGUUGUGCAAGGACAGCUAUUGUUUGUGUUGUGCUGUUAUGUUUGGCCAUUCUUUGCGCUGCAUGUGCUCACAUCCCUGCAUAUUCCCUCUCUCUUCCUACUUUCUUUUCCUUCGUGCUUAGAGUGCACGUGAUCGAGGCAUGCUCCUGGUCAUUCUCUGACGAAUGUGCCUUUUCCGUCUCAUUGUUGCCGUUGUGCCGAGUUUUCGUGACACCCCUCUUUCCAUCCCACUCAAGUGUUUCGAACUCUAGGGUCUUUUUGUCACACUCCCACUCUAGUGUUUCGAACUCUAGGCUCUUUUUGUCACACUCCCACUCUAGUGGUUCGAACUCUAGGCUCUUUUUGUCACAUUCCCACUCUAGUUUUUCGAACUCUAAUGUUUCGAAUUCUAGUGUUUCGAACUCUA